AUGGCCGACACUGAAACCCUACCGUUUGGUAAGCGGAAAGCGGACCAGCCUGACGGCGUGACUGCUGAGAAUGGCGCCGCUGACGGCGACGACGCAGAUCGCGCGGGGAAGCGGAGGCGGUGGGACAGCGGUGCAGAUGGGGUGCAGAGCGGCGCUGACGGCGGACAGAAACUCGCGGAGGGUGGCGGAGGGGGGGGUGCCGCUCCCGCUGCUGGCGGAAAGAAGGUACCGAGCGUCUCGCUGGAUGCUCUGGCCAAGGCGAAGAAGGCCCUGCAGAUGCACAAGGAGCUCAAAGAAAAGCUCAAGAAGCUUCCUCAGGUGGGUUCCCAGGUGCUUCCUCAGCUGAGCAAGGCAGCGCCACCCGCAGCCACCGUAGUCCCCACUGCAACAGCAGCCGCCGCUGCAGCCGCCGCAGCAGCAGCGGCCGCGGCAGCAGCAGCAAAGGGGCUACCAGCGCCUGUGCCCGUGGUGGUGCCGGUGGCCGUCCCUGGCGUUGGAAUCGUGCCCAUAGUCCCGGGCGUUGCUGCUCCUCCUGGUGCCGCCAUUCCAGGAACCAUUCUUACUCCAGAUGUAGCUGCGGCAGCGGCGGCGGCUGGGGGCAGCAGCAAGGUGACGCGGGCGCCGGUGCUGCGGUUGGAUGCGAUGGGGAGGGAGAUAGACGAGCAUGGCAAUGUGGUGGAGCGGCCCAAGAUCGCCCCCGUCAGCACUCUCAAGGUGGGUGGGUGGUUCGGCAUUCUCAAGGUGGCUGUGCUGCACUCUCACAGUUCUGUGAACAUUAACAAGGUGAAGAAGGAGGCGUUCAAGAUCCUGCGCCCAGAGCUAGAGGAGGACCCGCAGGACAGCCCCUUCUUCCACCUGUGCUACUCCCUCACUCACUUCUGCCAUCUCACUCACUCUUUCCGCCUCUCCCACUCCCUUCCCCCCCCCCAGGUGAACAUUAACAAGGCGAAGAAGGAGGCGUUCAAGAUCCUGCGCCCGGAGCUAGAGGAGGACCCGCAGGACAGCCCGUUCUUUGACCCGCGCAUGGCCAGCGAGCGUCUCAAGCUGGUGCGGCCGCGCAAGGCGUCCUUCCAGUUCGUGGAGGAGGGCACCUUCGCCAGGCAGGCCGAGACCAUGCGCAUGCGGGCGCAGUUUGGCAUGGCGAGGCAGAUGGAGAUGGCGGCGCGGCAGAGGGCCAAGGAGAGGGAGGCGGCGGAGGGGGGGGACAACCCCAACCUCGUGGAGGUGGGGCAGCGCCCCGUGGCCCCCUCGGAGAAGCCCAAGCCGCCCAUUCCCGACGUCGAGUGGUGCUCUACCUGGCUCUUAACCCCACUGCUGCCCUUUCCCUCGUCGCACUAUCCUCCCCUCCCCUCCCCCCACAGGGACGAGCUCAUCCUGGCAUCCAACCAGUACCCCGAGAAGGGUUCUGCCGUGCCAGCAGCGCUCAAGGCAUCCAAGAUCACCAUCAACGUCCAACACCCCUACCCUGAGGAGAGCUCUGCCGUGCCAGCAGCGCUCAAGGCGUCCAAGAUCACCAUGUACGUCGAACACCCCGUGCCCAUCGAGCCGCCGGCAGAAGCCCCGCCGCCGCCACCGCAGCCACUGCGGCUGACCAAGAGCGAGCAGAAGAAGCUGCGGACGCAGCGGCGCGUGGCGCGGGAGAAGGAGCGGCAGGAGAUGGUGCGGCAGGGCCUGCUGGAGCCUCCCAAGCCCAAGGUCAAGAUGAGCAACCUCAUGCGGGUCAUGGCUGCUGAAGCCACACAGGACCCCACGAAAAUGGAGAAGGAGGUGCGUGCUGCGGCGGCAGAGAGAGAGCAGGCUCAUGUGGACCGGAAUCUUGCGAGGAAACUGACCCCGGCGGAGCGGAGGGAGAAGAAGGAGAGGAAGCUGUUUGAGGAGACACUAGGGGGAGGGGUGGGUGGCGGGGGUGAGACGCACGUGGCGGUGUUUAAAGUGCGGCAUCUGCUGCACCCGCAGACGCGGUUCAAGGUGGAUGUGAACGCGCAGGAGAAUCGGCUCACUGGGUGUGCGUUACUGGCUGAUUCGUUUGUGUUGGUGGUGGUGGAAGGCGUGAGCAAGUCGGUUAAGAGGUACUUGAAGCUGAUGAUGAGGAGGAUUCACUGGGCGGAUGCUGUCGCUCCUGGUGCGGCUGGGGAGGAGGAUGAGAGUAUGGGGGAGUUGGGGGUGAAAAAGGAGAACAAGUGUGAGUUGGUGUGGCAGGGUACAGUGGCCCGGGCCGCGUUUGAGAAAUUCACAGUGGAGCAGUGUCGCUCAAGCGCUGCUGCGAGGAAGUUUCUGGAGGAUCGCAAGGUUGCACAUUUUUGGGACUUGGCGGAGAAUUUAUGCGCCAUGGCAGCGGGUUUCACGGGGCUGCCAGGCAUGCAAGCAGUUCCCGGGUCGAUGUUCCCCAACAUGUUCCCGUUUGCCGCCGCCGCCGCCCAGGGAGGAAUGCCAACGCAAGCCACUCGCCACGCGCGCCGGGUGUAUGUGGGCGGCCUCCCGCCCAUGGCGAACGAACAGAGCGUGGCGGCGUUCUUCAACAACGCCAUGACGCUCGUCAACGGCAACACCGCCGGUCCAGGCGACUGUGUGGUGUACGUGUACAUCAACCAAGAGAAGAAGUUUGCCUUUGUGGAGAUGCGCACAGUGGAGGAGGCCAGCAACGCCAUGGCGCUUGACGGCAUCAACUUCGAGGGAGUGUCAGUGAGGGUGCGGCGCCCCAGCGACUACAACCCGUCAAUGGCGGCCACGCUCGGCCCCACACAGCCCAGCCCCAACCUCAAUCUUGCUGCCGUCGGCCUCACUGCCGGUGGCUCGGGCGGAGCGGACGGUCCAGAUCGCAUCUUCGUGGGUGGGCUGCCGUACUACCUCACAGAGGAGCAGAUCCGCGAGCUGCUCUCCUCCUUUGGUCCUCUACGGGCGUUUGACCUGGUGAAGGACAGGGACACGGGCAACAGCAAGGGGUAUGGCUUCUGUGUGUACCAGGACCCCAGUGUCACGGACAUCGCCUGCAUGGCGCUCAACGGCAUGAAGAUGGGCGACAAGACUCUCACCGUGCGCCGCGCCACGGCCAGUGGUCAAGCCAAGCCCGAGCAAGCCAAUGUGUUGGCGCAGGCUCAGCAGCAAAUCGCCCUGUCGCGCAUGGCUCUGACAGGCGCCAACACUGUGGGGCUGGGGGCGGCAACUGCCUUGCCGGGUGCUCCUGUUGACAUCCCCACCAAAGUCAUCUGCCUCUCACAGGUGGUGUCACCGGACGAGCUGACCAACGAUGAGGACUACGAUGAGAUCAUGGAGGACAUGCGAGAGGAGUGCGCCAAAUACGGUUCGCUUGUGAACGUGGUCAUUCCUCGGCCGCCAGCACCAGGCGCAACAGCUCCUGGGGUGGGCAAGGUGUUUGUUGAGUAUGGCGACACAGCGGGCGCCCUCAAGGCCAAGGCAGCCCUGCAUGGGCGCAAGUUUGGAGGCAAUGCUGUGGUGGCCAUCUUCUAUCCAGAGGAUGCAUAUGCGCGUGCCGACUACUCCAAGACCUCACCUUUCCUCUCACUUCCCCUUCCUCGCCUCACCUUUCCUCUCACCUCCCUAACCUCCCUUCUCCUCUCACCUCUCCUCACCUCUACUCCUCUCCUCUCCUCACCUCCCUUCUCCUCUCCUCUCCUCUCCUCACCUCCCUUCUCCUCUCCUCUCCUCUCCUCACCUCCCUUCUCCUCUCCUCUCCUCUCCUCACCUCCCUUCUCCUCUCCUCUCCUCCCUUCUCCUCCCUUCUCCUCUCCUCACCUCCCUUCUCCUCUCCUCACCUCCUCUUCUCCUCUCCUCACCUCCCUUCUCCUCUCCUCACCUCCCUUCUCCUCUCCUCACCUCCCUUCUCCUCUCCUCACCUCCCUUCUCCUCUCCUCACCUCCCUUCUCCUCUCCUCACCUCCCUUCUCCUCUCCUCACCUCCCUUCUCCUCUCCUCACCUCCCUUCUCCUCUCCUCACCUCCCUUCUCCUCUCCUCACCUCCCUUCUCCUCUCCUCACCUCCCUUCUCCUCUCCUCACCUCCCUUCUCCUCUCCUCACCUCCCUUCUCCUCUCCUCACCUCCCUUCUCCUCUCCUCACCUCCCUUCUCCUCUCCUCACCUCCCUUCUCCUCUCCUCACCUCCCUUCUCCUCUCCUCACCUCCCUUCUCCUCUCCUCACCUCCCUUCUCCCCACCGUUCCUCACCACUACCGACCUUCUCACAGCCCGUCUAACUUCCUGUACCCACCUCCCUCCCCUUCCUCAUGA